UUGAAUGGAUUGCUGCGAUCUCCGUAGCUGCUGGAGCAGCUGCUGUUGGGUAUCUAGCUUACAAAAAAUUUCUCUCUAAAGACAAAUGCUGCAAAGCAAUAGUGAACCCCCAUAUCCAGAAGGAUAACCCCAAGGUAGUCCAUGCAUUUGAUAUGGAAGAUCUGGGAGACAAGGCUGUGUACUGUCGUUGUUGGAGAUCUAAGAAGUUCCCACUGUGUGAUGGCUCUCACACAAAGUACAAUGAGGAAACCGGUGACAACGUUGGGCCUCUGAUCAUCAAGAGGAAGGAGGCGUAGAGCGGACAGUAGAAGCUACAAAACGACUGUCUGAUAAAUCCUCUGCUCACAUGUAAUUAGGGGGGAAAACCACAAAUUCUUUGUCAUGUCACUAAAGACUUUCCAGUGUAGUAUGUACAGCAGGCUUCAGCAUAUG